AUGAUAGCCUACCCCUUCCUCUACUACCUCAUCAAACUCCUCACCUUCCUCUUCUCCAUCUUCGUCACCCCCAUCCUCGCCGCCCUCGCCUUCAUAAACAGGAUGUUCCAGGACCCGCAGGACCGCCAGGACUCGCAAAAUGGCCAGGAAACCCAAGGCCGGCACGACCCGCAAGAUCGCCAGAAAAGACAAACGCUAUACCAACACCAGCACCACCAGAACCAAAAUCAACAUCAAGAUCGGGUGACUGCGCUUGCGAGGUGGGCUCGUUGCGAGGUGCGUGGUGGGUAA